UUCAUAAAAUUAUGCAGUUAUCUGCGGGUGUAUGCCUUUCAGUAAUCUCUUUGCUUUCUUUUGUAGCGGGAUCGAUUUGGUUUGUUUCUUCCCUGAAAAAUGGUGUAGAGCCUGUGCAUUCCACUCAACCCGAGACUUAUUCAUCGGAAACUUAUUCAUCGGAAACUUUUUCAGUUAUUUCGUUAGCUUUCUCUAGUCUUUCUCUUAUUUUCUUCAUAAUUUCUACUAUUUAUGUUUGUCGUAUUUAUUAUUUGACGAGAGAAGUAGAAACUUCUGUUGUUGAGAUUAAUGAGGCAAAUGCAAUAUUUCCAGAACAAUCUACUUUGAACGCAUUAGCUAUGAAAUUCUCUAAGAACCUGGGAAUUUACUAA